CUCAAAUUGGCCAAGCUCUCUUCUAAGCAGAUUCAGUCGUGGAAGCAGCUGACAGAAAGGCUGGAAGGACUUGACUCCCCAGUUUCGCAUGAGCUUUCUUGCUGCUGACCACGGAGAUGAAAGGAGCAAGGCUAUUAGUCCUGCUUUCCAGUUUAUGGAGCGGAGGCUUUGGGCUAAACAACACUGCGCAUCCCGGGACUACUCCUGAGAAUGAGGACGCCCAGAAGAACGUGACCGCUGCUUCGGUUCCUCUAAGCAAAAUACAAAGCCUCCAAGGGCUGCCAACCACCCAGAUCACGUCGGCUGAGACAGUCACAGCUUCCCAGGCAAGCACCUCCAAAGAGAGUCUUCUGAGAUCAGCAUCGUCUCCCACAGGCACAAGUGCAUCUCCCAAGGGGGCGAGGAACCAAAUGCUCACACCCACAGAAGAGACAGAAAUGGUGCUGAAGUUACAAACUCUUGACCUCCCGACCCAGUCUAGCCCCCAGUUUAGUCCUAAAGCGGAGUCAGUGGUCCUUUCCAACUCCACGCUGAAAUUUCUUCAGAGCUUUGCCCGAAGGCACAAUGAACAAGCCGUUUCUCGAAACUUCGUUGGAGGUGUGGAAAAUCGAUCUCCACGAGAAACAUACCUCAGCAGGGGUGACAGAAGUGGAAGCCAACGAAACAGCUAUCAAAAAUCAAGUUUUGAAACGACCAGAGGAAAGAACUGGUGUGCUUAUGUACACACGAGAUUAUCUCCCACAGUGGUGCUGGACAACCAAGUCACUUAUGUCCCAAGUGGCAGAGGGCCCUGUGGCUGGACCAGUGGAUCUUGUCCUCAGAGAUCUCAGAAGGUAUCAAAUCCUAUCUAUAGGAUGCAACAUAAAAUUGUCACCUCAUUGGAAUGGAAGUGCUGCCCUGGAUUCAGUGGACCAAAUUGUCAGCUAAAAGCCCAGGAACAGCAGCAGCUGAUACACAGCAACCAGGCUGAGAGUCACACCGCUGUUGGCAGAAGGACACCAGAGCAGCAGCAACAGCAGCAGCAAGACUGCGGUGACCCAGCAGUGACGCAAAAAAUGAGUGAACAGAUGACCCACCAGGCAAUGAUACUGACCCUCCUGCAGAAGAAGAUUGACAAUAUUUCCUUGGCUGUGACUGAUUUAAGGGACAAGUACUCCUCCCUCGAAGGGAAGAUCGCCGAAGAUAAAGGCAGGGAAUUUCAGUCUUUUCUAAAAGGUCUAAAAUUCAAAAGCCUCAAUGAUCUGGUGAAGGAGAUGGUAAGAGAACAAUUUAAAUAUUUUCAAAAUGACAUGCAAGAGACCAUAGCACAGCUCUUCAAGACCAUAUCAACUCUCUCAGAGGACCUUGAAAACACCAAGCAAAUAGUUCAACAAGUUAAUGAAUCUGUGGUUUCAGUAGCAGCCCAGCAAAAAUCUGUUUCAAUGCAGGACAAUAGGCCCACUUCGACAGAGAUAUUGGAUCUAAAAAAUCGCAUUGUGAAUAUAAGACAAGAAAUGACUUUUACAUGUGAGAAGCCAAUUAAAGAGCUAGAAGCAAAGCAGACUCAUUUAGAAGGUGCUCUAGAACAGGAGCACUCAAGGAGUUUUCUGUAUUAUGAGUCCCUCAACAAGACUCUUUCUAAAAUGAAGGAAGUGCAAGAUCACCUUUUAUUAAUUGAACGAGGAUCAGAGCAGAAGGGUGUUCCAGCUGUUGAAUCAAUUAGCAAAAAUGUCACUGGGCAUAUGUCUACUCUACAAGAAAAUAUAAAGAAGCACGGUUUGACACUGCUGCAGAUAUUUGAUGAUUUGCACAUCCAAGACAACAAAAUUAACAAUCUCACCCUCACUUUGGAGAUGGAGAAGGAAUCUGUCAGGGAGGAAUGUGAAGACAUGUUAUCCAAAUGCAGAAGGGAUUUUAAGUUUCAAAUUAAGGACACAGAAGAGAAUUUACAAGUUUUAAACCAAACCUUGGCUGAGGUUCUCUUUCCAAUGGAUGAUAAAAUGGACAAAAUGAAUGAGCGGCUAAAUGACUUGACUUAUGACAUGGAGAUUCUUCAGCCUUUGCUGGAGCAGAGAACAUCACUUAGAGAGACCAUGACAUAUGAACAACCAAAAGAAGCAGUAGCUACACAGAAAAAAGUGGAAAAUCUGACUAGUGCUGUCAACAGUCUAAAUUUUCUCAUCAAAGAACUUACAAAAAGAUACAACUUGCUUAGAAAUGAAGUACAGACUCGUAGUGAAGCCUUAGACAGACGUAUCAAUGAACAUACCUUAGAAACAGAAGAUGGUCUAAAUAAGACAAUAACUAUUAUAAAUAAUGCCAUUGAUUCCAUUCAAGAUAACUACGUGUUAAAAGAGACUUUAAAUACAAUAAAGCAUAAUCCUGAGGCCCAUCAAAAAUGUAGCCAAAAUAUGGAAACUGUUUUGACAUUUAUUUCUCAGUUCCAACAUUUGAAUGAUUCUAUUCAGAUUUUGGUCAAUGACAAUCAGAAAUAUAACUUAGUUUUACAAGUUGCCAAGGCUCUUGCAUAUAUUCCUAAAGAUGAAAAACUAAGUCUUUACAACUUUCAGAAGAUUUCUCAAAUGUUCAAUGAAACCAGUUCCCAAGUCACGACAUACCAGCAGAAUUUGAGUCAUUUGGAGGAAAAAAUACUUGCAGCCACAAAGAUUUCCAAAAAUUUUGAAACUCGGUUGCAAGGUAUUGAGUUUAAAGUGAACAAGACACUCAUACCUUAUUAUGUUUCAUUUAAAAAAGGCAGUGUGCCUGCAAAUGAGAGAGACCAAGCUCUACAAUGGCAGGCAUUAAAUUCCAGAUUUAAAGCACUGGAAACCAAAUCCAUCCACUUUUCCAUUAAUUUCUCUUUACUUAACAAAACUCUCUAUGAAGCUUUAACAAUGUGUCACGAUGCUUCCACCAGCAUUUCAGAACUGAAUGCUACCAUGCCUGAGAGGAUCAAAGCUUCCCUACCAGAUAUCCUGCUUCUUCAGAAAGGUCUGACGGAAUUUGUCGAAUCGGUAGUUGAAAUAAAAACUCAAACUGCCCUAUCUAAUUUAACUCAGUAUAUAAAUCAGUCAUUGUCUGGUAGUUUUGCAAAUGUUGUCAAGUCACAGAAGCAAAUGAAACUAUCGCUGAAGAAACCCAAUCCACUUAAGAAACCAAACGUGAAUCUGACCACUGCCCUGAUAGGCCGGACCCAAAGAAACACAGACAGCCUUGUACUUCCUGUGACAGAGGAGUAUUCAGACUGCAGCAAGUCCCCAUGCCAGAAUGGGGGCACAUGUAUCAACGGAAGAACUAGCUUUAUCUGUGCGUGUCGACAUCCUUUUACUGGUGACAAUUGUACCGUCAAGCUGGUGGAGGAAAAUGCUUUAGCUCCAGAUUUUUCAAAAGGCUCUUACAGAUAUGCACCAAUGGUGGCAUUUUUUGCAUCUCAUACUUAUGGAAUGACUACACCCGGUCCUAUCCUGUUUAAUAACUUGGAUGUCAACUAUGGAGCCUCAUAUACUCCAAGUACUGGAAAAUUCAGAAUUCCCUAUCUUGGGGUAUAUGUUUUUAAGUAUACCAUUGAGUCAUUUAGUGCUCAUCUCUCUGGAUUUUUAGUGGUGGAUGGAGUAGACAAGCUCGCAUUCGAGUCUGAAAAUAUUAACAGGGAAAUAUACUGCAAUAGAGUUUUGACUGGGGAUGCCUUAUUGGAAUUAAAUUAUGGGCAGGAAGUGUGGUUGCGCCUUGUAAAAGGAACAAUUCCCGCCAAAUUUCCCCCUGCUACUACAUUUAGUGGUUAUUUGUUAUAUCGUACGUAAAUUAGCAUGAAAGACAGACUGUCACCUUUACUGAGAAACAGCCAGUGUUUUUAUUUAUCUUUGCAUGCACAUCUGCUCUGUUUUUGGUUUUUCCACAUGAAUGAAAACUAACUUUUUAAAUCUGAGGAAGACUGUUUCAAGUUUAUUUUAGAAAAUUAUUUGAAUAUCUUUUGGAUAACCUGUAUAUAAAGGAGUUCUUGCUCCUAGAGAGACUGAGUAGCAUAGAAAACAAGAUGCAUUUGUUCACAUACCAUUCCUAGUUUUGUUUUUCAUCUUAAGGCAUGUCACUAUAAAGGAAUAUUAUACAAUGACAAUUGCUCCGUAUUGCCAAUCACAGUAGUCUUUCCAAUAGAACAUUUAACUUCUGUUAUUCCCUGUGUAUAUAAAUGUGUUUAAGUUCGAGUUAAAAUAAAGUACUCAAACACCAAGAA